AUGGGCAGUGUCACUUGCCGGGAGGUUUGGGACCAGUUUUGGCAGUCACAGCUGGCGGUUGUCAUACUUGUGCAGUGCGGGCAGAUGGUCGCCUCAUCUGUUUUGGACGAAAUUUCGCUGGGCAGUGUGAUGUGCCAGCAGAUUUGGGAUCAGUUUUGGCAGUCACAGCUGGCGGUUAUCAUACUUGUGCAGUGCGGGCAGAUGGUCGCCUCAUCUGUUUUGGACAAAAUUUCGCUGGGCAGUGUGAUGUGCCAGCAGAUUUGGGACCAGUUUUGGCAGUCACAGCUGGCAGUGAUCAUACUUGUGCAGUGCGGGCAGAUGGUCGCCUCAUCUGUUUUGGAGGUAACGGUCGUCAGCAGUGUAAUGUGCCAGCAGAUUUGGGACCAGUUUUGGCAGUCACAGCUGGCAGUGAUCAUACUUGCGCAUUGCGAGCAGAUGGUCGCCUCAUCUGUUUUGGCGCGAAUGUCGAUGGUCGGUGUGAUGUGCCAGCAGAUGUGGGACCUGUUUUGGCAGUCACAGCUGGCCGAUUUCAUACUUGUACAGUGCGGGCAGAUGGUCGCCUCAUCUGUUUUGGACAAAAUUUCGCUGGGCAGUGUGAUGUGCCAGCAGAUUUGGGACCAGUUUUGGCCGUCACAGCUGGCGUUUGUCAUACUUGUGCAGUGCGGGCAGAUGGUCGCCUCAUCUGUUUUGGACGGAAUGUCGUUGGGGAGUGUGAUGUGCCAGCAGAUUUGGGACCAGUUUUGA